AUGUUGAAAGCCAAGAUCACUAAAACAGAAGAUUUUUCUGACUCUGAAAAUGAAUUUAAAAACAACCAUCAACAAAUCGUAUGGAUACAUUCACCACCGAGAAAUGUGAGGAUCAUUCUUGUUGAUUUUGUUCACUCUCAUCAUGAUGACCCAAAUGAUCACACCUGUGAAAAACAGCAUCCUCAAAGAUUGGAAUUAUUGCUCAAAAAGAAAUUUUCAUUACAACAACUCGGAAAGAAGAAGUGGCUCGAAAAGAGGGAAAUGAAAUUUAGUAAAUUCUUUCCAAUCGAGUUCAUGAAUGACAAGGAAUUUGUAUUCAAUCACAUAAAAAAGUAUCAUUAUGGAUUACAAUUUGCAUCCAAACAACUUCAUGACGACAAGGAUUUUGUGAUGCAACUGGUGGAACAAUUUGGAUAUUCACACUUAUCACAUGCAAGUACUAAAAUUCGCAACGACAAACAACUUUUAUUGAAAAUCAUUGCUAAACAUGCACAGGCCAUGAGUUGUUCAUUCAAUCUGCUCAGAGAGACUGACUUUAUAUUGAGUGCAGUUCGACUGAAUGGAGAAGCUCUCUGGCACGUGAGUGAUGAAUUUAAGAACAACAAGAAUAUUGUGUUGACAGCUGUGAAGAACAAUUGGACGGUCGUGAACUGCAUUACUGGAACAUUGAAAGAGGAUCAAGAAAUAAUUAUUGAAGCCAUCAAACAAGAUAAGAAUGCACUUGGAUGGGUGUGGAAAACAUCUAACUAUUUACUUCAAGAUGAUGAUUUCAUGUUGACUGUUGUGAAAAUAAUAUAUCCAAAAGAAUUCGAAUCCAUUGAUUCUUUUGAUUAUUCACAAAAAGAGGUCAUGAUGAAACUUGUGCAUGAUUUCCCAUUUCUACUUGAAUUUGCAAGUAACAAACUAAAGAGAGAUAGAGAGAUUGUGAUGAAUGCCAUUAGAAAUGAUGGCUGUGCACUUCAGCUUGCAUCUCCUUUCUUGCAAACGGACAAAAUCAUUGCAAUGACAGCGGUUCAACAAAAUGGAAAUGCAUUGAAGUUCGUUUCAGAAGUGUUGAAGCGAAACAGAGCACUUGUAUUGGCUGCUGUUUCUCAAAAUGGACAAGCCAUUGAAUAUGCAUGCAACGAGUUGCGAAUGGAUCCAGAGAUUGCUCGAACAACCGUAAAAACUCAUUCACGUGCUGUUGACUUUUGCACUGCAGAGAUGAGAAACGACAAGGAAUUCCUGUUGUCUGCCAUUCGUCACAAUGGAUAUGUCGUGAAAAAAGCAUCCAAAGCACUGAGAAAUGAUAAAGAGAUCAUGUUAGCAGCUGUAAGAAAUUGUGGAACGACUCUCGAAUAUGCAUCGGAAGAGUUGAAAUGUGACAAGGAGAUUGUAUUGACAGCUGUUCGACAGAGUGUCUAUUCGAUACAAUUUGCAAAUGAGAGAUUGAAAGAUCAUGAUGAGGAAAUUAUGUUGGAAGCGAUUGCACUCAACAGUGGUGCAUGGGAAUGUAUUUCUUCCAAGCGAUUGCAUGACAAGGAAUUCUUAUUGAAAGCCAUUCAGAGGGUAGUUGGAUGUGAAAAUAGAAUUGCCAAUGGCGUGGUACCAAAAGAAUUUGCAACUAGUAAGGAAUUUAUGUUGAAAGCAGUUAAAAUUGCAAACAGUCUUUGA